AUGGAGAAGCACAUUUUCUUCAUGAUUCUUCUCUUUAUGGUUACAUAUUUCUCCGUUUCUAUAUCGGUUGCUUCCUCAAAUGAGACUAACCAAGAAUUCCUACUAGCUUUCCAAAAUCUUGUUACAAGUCCCAGUCUCUUUUUGGCCAAGAACUGGACCAGGGAUAUUUCUUUUUGCUCUUGGUUUGGUGUCACUUGCAAUUUAAAAAAGCAAAGGGUUGUGGCCUUGGCUCUUCCUAAUUUGCAACUUGAAGGCACAAUUUCCCAAUCCUUGACAAAUUUGUCUUUUCUCAAAGAGCUCAACCUUGGGAACAACAACUUCCAUGGUGGCAUCCCUUAUGGCAUUGGCCACUUGCCUUGCUUGCGAGUGCUUGAUGUCCAAAACAAUCAGCUCCAAGGAACUGUCCCGACAAGUUUGUUUCAACACCAGAGAAUACGCGUAAUUUCAUUAGCUUGCAAUAAACUCAGUGGUUCAAUGUUGAAAGAGACAUGGAAUGCACUGGAGCUCAGAGUCUUCGGAUCUCACAAACAAUAG